UGUUCGACGUGCGGCACACACACAGACAAACGGACGGACGCACGGUGCGAUCUGACACGCGACACGUUCGGUUUACGCGACGGUCACGUUCACAGUAGGUUGGUGAGGUUUAUUAUUUUGGUUCGGUUUUUUUCUUGGUGGAGAGGACUGUUUUUAUUUUUGACGAGGAACAUGUUGGAGUUUUAUCCGAACAUCAACUUGAAUCCGGCCAUGCUGCCGGAGCACAGCGCGAUGCCGGGACCGGAUUGCAAUGGACGUCCAGGACGUUUCUUUGUUACAGAUGGCAAUAUCAUCAAAUGUGAGAAAACAUACGAUGGGUAUGGUGGCGGAGGCGGCGGCGGAUUGGGCAGCGUCGGCGUCGGCGUCGGCAUGAUCAAGUGCGAGAAGACGCACGAGAUGUGCGAGGGGUGCGGACAGAAGAUCCACGACCGUUACCUGAUGAGGGUGGGCGACGCCAGUUGGCACGAGCACUGUCUCACGUGCUGCAUCUGCGGCCUCGUCCUCAAUCACUCCUGCUACACCCGCAACACCAAACUGUACUGCAAGGCUGACUACGAUAGGAUAUUCGGUGUGAAGUGUUCAAGAUGCGGAGACAGACUGUUACCCCACGAGAUGGUGAUGCGAGCUCAACAACACGUAUUUCAUCUACCCUGUUUUGUCUGUGUGGUGUGUUGUCAGCCUUUGCAAAAGGGCGAACAGUUUGUGUUGAGGGCGGGACAACUGUUCUGCCGAGGUGACUUCGAGAAGGAAAUGUACCUUAUGCAGCAAGCUGGCUCUGGUGAUGACGACUUGAUGGAUGAGAACAGUCGACCACGAGAUGGUCGAAGAGGUCCAAAGCGUCCAAGAACAAUCCUGACGUCAGCCCAAAGAAGACAGUUCAAGGCAUCGUUCGAAGUGAGUCCGAAGCCGUGUCGGAAGGUCCGGGAAGCCCUGGCUAAGGAAACGGGUUUGAGUGUGCGAGUGGUGCAGGUGUGGUUCCAGAACCAGCGGGCGAAAAUGAAGAAGAUCCAGCGUAAGGCGAAGCAGGACGAUGGAAAGUCGCCGAGCGACAAGGACAAAGACAAUUAUCCAGCUCAUUCAGGUGAUAGCUUCUGCAGUUCGGACAUUUCGCUGGACGACAGCACGAAUUUCGACCACUUGGACGAAGGCACGUCGGACACUUUGUCCCUUCAAAAUCUGGAGUUACAGUCUCACUCUCACCAGCAUGACAACGCCCCGUCGUCCGGUUCAAUUGCGAAUCCCAUCGACAAACUCUACCUCAUGCAGAAUUCUUACUUUAGCACGGAACAAUAACUCCCACCUUUUUAAAAGGGAUUCGUCUAAAUGUAAAUCACUUGUUGAUUUUAUUGACCGUGUAAAUACUAUUUAAGUAAUCAUCUUUAUUGAUUUUUUAUGUGUAUAAUCGGUGGUUUACACAACUUAAAACCAAAAUCAGUUCUAGUCAUUUUAUUGCUGUUUUUUUAUGUUUUGUUGUUAUUAUUUUCUGUAAUAUAUAAAAGUCAUUUACAAUUAGUCAGAAAAUCGAUGUACCUAAAGCAUUUUUUUACAAUUUUUAUGUAUAGAAGAAAAUUUAUGUGUAUAUAUUUCGACUUUGUUUAAUACUUAAUAGGAUUAUCAACGUACUUGUAAAUAUAUAUGUUAAGUAAUUAAUAGAUAUCUCCUGAGUCGAAUUAUUGAUUGUGAUGAUAUAUUUAUGCCAAAUAUAGUAUUUAAUAUUGUCUAGAUUUUAUUAUGUAUAUUUUAAAUAAAUAACAAAACAAAUAAUGUAUUUUAUUUCAUGAUACACAAAAAAAUAAUUUGUUAUAAACACUUUUAUUUAAGGA